AUGCGUGGACAGAGCACAGUGGACGACUUGUGUUCCUCUGUAAGUGGACCUCUGCUCGAGCCUUUGAUCCUUCCUGUAGAAUGUUUACAAGGUGAAGAAGAGAUGCUGCAUAUUGGUCCUCCCAUAUUCGAGUCAUCUGUGUGUGACAGUGACCCAGUUAAGUUAAACGCUACUAGUGAGCAGAAUGGACAGGGAUCAGAGGAGACGAAGGAAGAUGUGAAAGAUUCUGUCCACAACUAUCAGGACACAACUUUGGAUGGCAGCUCUUCAACUUCCUUACCUCUCCAAGUACAGGUGAAAUCUAAGGUGGUCAUUCCCACCACCAGCAGCAUACCAGUUCCUCCUCUUCCUCCAGGAGAGAACACUAAGCUGAAGGAGUCAAACCAAAACAAGGACAGAACUGUUCCCACUGCCAAACAUGGGAAGAAUCAAAGGGUUGUAGUCUUGAACCGACAGGUCGACUGGGAGUAUAAGAAAAAUCAGUACGUCCAUUCAGUUACCCAACACUUGACUGAGAAUCCAGGAGCAAAUCACGGUGUGAUGUCUGAGCUGCUGAGCCUGAUGAGCCAUGUGGCCGACCAGACAACCGGUUCUAAUGGCACACAGUGGCAGCAUCCAUCUGACCUCACCCGCAGUCAGAGUUAUGGUUUUGAGACUAAGCCCUUGUCCCCAGACCUUGGAUGUGUCAUGGACUACUGCAGCCCUCUGAGCAGAUGGAAGCCGAUGUCCCCUUUAACAGAUUCUUUCCAGGACUGUCUGGACACAACGUGGGACAGCAGCUCUCCAAUGACAUUAACUCACCGUGAACAGUUGGUCGGUCAGUACACCACCAUCAGCAAGCAAGAAACCUGUCUUCCUCCAGAGAAGUACCUGAAGGACGACAGAACUGCCAAAGAUGUCCAGAGUCGAAGGCCUGCGAUCUUAAACCCAGAGGUGGACUGGGAGCUUGAAAAAAAUCUGUACGUCCGUUCAGUUAACCAACACAUGGCUGAGAGUCCAGGAGGAAUUCAUGAUGUCAUGUCUGAGCUGCUGAGCCUGAUGAUCCACGUGGCCGACCAGACAAGCGGCUCUCAUGGGACACAGUGGCAGCAUCCAUCUGACCUCACCCGCAGAAAUCACCAGCGACGUGUUCGUAAACAACGAGUGACUCUUCAUGAGUGGCGAGCCAGAAACUUUCCAACAUAUAAGCGAUUUGCCAAUGUGCCAAAGGUUUUCAAAAGGAAUCCGUUUCCAUAA